UCAGAGCCUCCUUUGAAAAUUGAAAAUUAAAAUCUGCAAAAACACCUUUGAAUCUCUCUCUCUCUCUCUCUCCUCUCUUUGAGUGUGUAUAUAUACCCCUACCACCCACAACUAUUGUCCUUACAGAACUCUGCCUCUCUCAAACUAAAUAGCAAGUGCAGAGCCAGAGCUUCUUUCUUUCAAUCUUUUUUGCUCUUCUCAAGUCUGAGUUUAAGUGAAGCAGCUAGAAAUGGAGGCAAUGAAGAUGAAUGUUUUUGUGGCUUUGUUGGUUGUUGUGAUGGUGGCCUUGUCUGGCGUUCAAAAAGUAGCUGCAGCUGAUUCUCCAGCACCAAGCCCAACUUCUGAUGCCUAUGCCUUUGUCCCCACUUUCUUUGCAUCUCUAGCAGCUUUGGCUUUUGGGUUCUUCUUCUGAGCUCAUGACUGCAUUUUAGGUUCAUUUCAUGGUUGCUUGCUCAUUUCUCCUAAUCUUUCUCUUUAAUCACUUGUAUUGAGUGUUUAAUGAGAGGGAGGGGAUUUCCUUUUGUAUUAUUUGGGAAUUUCAGGUUUAAAUUUAAUUAUUUAUUGUUGAUGUUGUGAUUGAUGUGUUUGUUGGUGGUUUUGUAUCAUAUCAUGUAUGAUGUAUAAUUAAUGUUAAUUUUGUCUAAUUUUGUUUUUAAUGGGGGAAUAUGCCUAUGGGAUGUUAAAUUUAGGCUAAUAAUAAGGAGGAGAUCAUGAAGAAGAAAGUGAAUGUGAAUGUGGAUAGAUUUUCUCUAUCAUUGUAUCUGUGAUUCAUUGGGUUGGUAGUAAUAAAUUCCAUUAUUCUUCUAUAUAUAUA